AUGGUGAUAGGCGAGAAGAACGAAAAAACCACCGUCCCAAAGAGCGAAACAUGCGAUGCAGGCCGAAAUGGAAAACUCGAGUGCCACGGAUCAGGCCAAGUUAUCAGCAAGGACCCCCUAACAAUCACGGUGAAAACCAAGGGAAAGGAUGUAAUUGUUCUUGAACGCGACAAAACACAGAUUACGUUCGCCCCGGAACUCGGUGACUACGUAACCCUCUGCGAUUUGAAAGAGGACGUGUUCAGAACAGUUAAACCCUUGCGCAUGAUGUCUGGCACCGGUAAAGUGGUGGUAGGUGAAGGGAAUAUUGGUAAAAUAUGUAACAAAGACGAAUUCUACUACAAUGCUUCGUUGGUCGCAAACCACAGCCCGAAAGAUGGCGACACUGUGCAGUAUCAGGCCGUCGAAAACGAAUAUGUUUCACGCCGUUGCAUUAGCAUGAAACUUGUUGUGCCAUCCGUUGAAUGUAAAAACGAUGUAACGGCAAUUGUUCAAAAGAAGAUUCCAAGCAAACUCGUCAAGAGCAACCAGGCCGCUUUGAAUAGUCCGAGUGAGAAGUCCGUCAAAAUUCGCAGAAUAGAGGUGCUGAAAGUUAUCGACAACGUAACCAUUGCCCAGUUUGAGGUGCCUACUGAACUGUUUAAGCUGGUUAGCGGUACGAAAGAUGUGUUAGCUAUCCAGAAUUGUCUCUAUGCACCACCGUAUAGCUUGAAAGAUCAACUGACGCCGGCAAACUAUAGUGGACAGUUUCACACUUUCCUCUAUCUUGAAGAGAUUCAGGAACAAAUCAAUUUUUCCGGAAGCAAAUAUGACCUGGAGCAGGCUAAGUUUGCACGCCACGACGAGUUUCUGACUCUGUAUCUGCCAGGUGUUCACAAGUCAGGGAACUCGUUGUCCGUUGGCACCACAGUGUGCGCGAAGCUAUCCGGGCAAGACAAUCGAACCGGUUACAAACACAAUGGUUUUCAAGGUUCUAUACAAAAAAUAGUGCACGAUAAGGUGUACCUUUUAUUUAAUAGAAAAUUUCAUGAGAGCUAUAAAGGGGAAACUUAUCAGGUUCGAUUUGUUCUGGAGCGUGGGGGGUUCCGUAGGCAGCAUUAUGCACUGGAAAAGAUAGUAGAGGUGAUGGGUCCCGGUUACUUGUUCCCACAGUGUAUCAAUUUCAGCGAACCAAAGCUGGAUGUGCGUCUGAACGAGCGAGAAGAGUUGGUGUUAAAGGGCAGCAAUGGUGAGAGGAUACUUCCAUGGUGUAACGAUAAAUUGAACGUGUACCAGAAGGCGGCAAUCGCGAACGUGCUGCGUGCCGAAGCUCGUCCCUUUCCGUACAUUAUCGUUGGACCACCCGGAACGGGUAAGACUGUAAUGAUAGUUGAGCUGAUCAGUCAGCUAGUGGGCAACAUACCGGACUGCAGGCUAAUCGUCGCCACGCCUUCAAAUAGUGCUGCGUAUUUAAUUACGGAUCGUCUUGUCCAAACUGCUGUGCUCAAGCCAGGAGACCUUAUUCGCCUCGUCAGCAAGAGUCAGGUAACCCUGAAACGAAUUCCUCCCAACCUCACCGACUACUGCGCUGCGGUUAACUUAGACGAGGAAAAAAAUGUAGACGAGUUAGAUGACGAAGACGACGAAACCACGCGUCGAUUGCGCGAGAUGAUGGUACAGGAGAAGUCCAUUGGUUAUCAUCGGGUAACGAUCAGCACCUGCAACGGCAUCGGUAUGCUGCUAAAGCAAAGCUUUCCCUCAAACCACUUCACGCACAUUAUCAUCGACGAGGCGGGAAUGUGCCUAGAGCCGGAAUCGCUGAUCCCGAUCUGUUUGAGCCAUCGCACCAACGGCACAGUGGUACUGGUUGGCGAUCCCCAGCAGCUCGGGGCCGUCACCACGAAUCGCUAUGCGACGCCGAUACACUUGAAAACAUCGCUUCUCGAACGCUUACUCGAGACCAUGCCGAUGUACGCUGAAGAUAAAGAACGCUUUCCCGAGACGGGUGGUUAUGAUUCCCGGUUGGUCAGCAUGUUGCGCAUCAACUAUCGCUCAAUUCCUUCAGUGCUGUCCGUCUACAAUGAGCUAUUCUACGGUGGCAAGCUCAUUCCCUUCCUCUCGGAGAACGAUGAAUCCCACAUGAAGCUUCUAAGCAUCCUGCACCUCCACCUGGACGUGAAGCGUGGAACGCCCGACUGCGGGGUCUUUUUCCACGGUGUCGACGGACUCAACCGUCAGUCACGCGGCAGCACCUCGUGGUACAAUCUCGAAGAAGCGAAAGCCGUGUGCUGGCUGGUAGAGACACUGCUCGGAAAGGGCUAUGAACCGCAUGAUAUCGGCGUCAUUACGCCGUACAGGAUGCAGAUACAUCACAUCCAGUGCAUGUUUCAGCAAGUGCAGUUGAACGACGCACCUCAAGUCGGCACUGUGGAACUAUUUCAGGGUCAAGAGUGUAACGUUAUCAUUUUGUCAACAGUUCGCUCACCUUCGUCCUGGAGUGUGAAGAACAAGCAGCAGGCACUAGGCUUCGUGGCGGACGAAAAGCGAAUCAACGUGGCUAUUUCACGUGCCAAGGUCGCCUUGAUUAUUGUCGGCAAUCCGAAGCUGCUGUCCCUUGACCCGAUUUGGAAACAGAUCAUUGACCGUGCCAUAAACAACGACACCUACACCGGAAGUGCGUUCGGUGCAACGCUCUAA